ACAAUUAUUCAGUCACAGUAUUUCUAUACAAAAUACUGUGAUUCAGUGCUUUAACUUUAAGCUUUUUAGUUUCGUUUCUACUUCUACUGUGGUUACAGUAGGAAAGACUAGGUUCAGAGAACACCUAUAUGCGUGCUUAACUCUCUUUCUAAUGAUAAGUUCAACAUGUUAUGUUUAGGUUAAGUAAGAAAUAAGUCUCCGAAAUAAUUCAAUCCAUAAGUCCCGGCCUAAGAUAGUCUUGUUAAUUCUGGGCUGGUUUAUCUCACAGGUGUAGGAAAUUUUAAUUGCACACACUCUAGCUUCACGUGGAUAUCUUCAUAUCACAGAAUUAACAAAGUUUUCAGAUUAAAAUGGAUUCACUAAAACCAACUUCUGAAGAACUAAAAUUUUGUAGUGCUGAUCUGAAAUGUAUAAGGAAUAUUUGUAUAUUGGCUCACGUUGACCAUGGAAAAACAACUGUGGCCGAUAUUCUUCUUGCUACUAAUCGCUUGGUUAGUAAACGAAUGGCAGGUUUAAGAAGAUAUCUGGAUGAUAGACCUGAUGAACAAAAACGUGGAAUAACUAUGAAAAGUAGUGCUGUUUCUCUAUUGAAUGUUGUGAAUGACGAAGAUGGGAAAAAUAAAAGAAUACUGUUGAAUAUGAUAGAUACCCCAGGUCAUAUAGAUUUUUCCACUGAAGUGGGAGCUGCCUUAAGGGUAUGUGAUGGUGCUAUUAUAUUGGUUGAUCUCGUUGAAGGAGUAUGUGUUCAAACCAGAGAAUCGAUUAGAAGAGCUUUUGAAGAACACACACGAAUGAUUUUAGUUCUGAAUAAAUUUGAUAGACUUGUUGUCGAAUUAAGAAAAGACAUUGAUGACAUUUUUCAGUGUAUACUCAGAGUUUUAGAAGGUUGUAACGCUAUUGUAGCAGAACUUUAUCAAUAUGAAUAUAUCAAUAAUGAAGUGGAUAUAGAAGAUACUGGACUAUUGUUUAGUCCAGAAACUGGAAAUGUUAUUUUUGCCAGUGGUAUAGAUGGUUGGGGUUUUACAACAAGACAAAUCUCAAAAAUGUUCGUGGAUUUUGUUAAAAAUGAAACUGUAGAUUCCUUGAAUGAAAAAAUGUGGGAUUUUGAUUUUUAUAUUGAUUCUAAGAGGGAGGUAAAAAAAGGAGCAAUUGCCAAGAAAAAAAGUAACAUUUUUAUUCAAUUAUGUCUCAAAACUGUAGUACAUAUCUAUGAAACCUUUUUAAUAAGAAUGGAAAGGGAUAAAGCAACUUCUGUGAUCAAGAAAUUGGGCAUUAAAAAUAUUAGUAAGGAUAUGACCUCCAAUGAUCCAAAAACACAGGUACAGGCUAUAUUGCAAGCUUGGCAACCUUUGGCCUUUAUAAUUUUUCUACAGUGUCUGAAGCUUAUACCUUCACCAUGUAAAAUUGAAAAAACCAAAAUAGAAUAUUUACUCAAUUGGAAUAAAUUUUGUGAAGACUUUUAUUUGAACAGUUGCGUGGAAAAUAUAAUGCCUUAUUUUGAAAAUGCUUCUACAGUUGCUGAAACGCCAACAAUAGUUUAUGUUUCCAAAAUGUUUUGUGUUCAUGUAGAAAAUCUUUCACAAAAUAGACCAAAAGCAUUCAUUAUCAAACCUCGAAAUAGGGACAUUAAAAUAGAAAAAGACGAGUCACAAGACAAGUCAAAUAAAGAACUAGAGAAGCCAUAUCAACAACCAGAAAAACCAUGUCAAGAACAAACAAAAUCAUGUGAUAAAGAAGAUGGUGUGAAUCAGAAAGAUGAAAUACAUGAAAAUAUAGUUGUAAUUGCAUUGGCAAGAGUAUUCACUGGUACGCUUCGAGUUGGCCAGGAAAUUUAUGUUAUGAAAGGGGCAUAUUUGCCAGAUGAGUUGCAAAUUUCAACUAAUCCAGAAGAUUUUGUUGAACACAAUGAAUUUGUUGAUAAAGUUGUUAUCAAAGAGCUGUAUAUGUUAUUUGGUAGAGAAUUAAUGCUGGUAGAUUCAAUACCAGCUGGGAAUUUUUGUGGAAUUGGAGGAAUUGAAACUAAAGUUCUUCGAACUGCCACGUUAUCUACAAUACUAAAUAUUGUUCCUUUGAUUGAAAGACCUAGAACUGAUCCAGUAGUUCGUCAUGCAAUAGAACCUGUGAACCUGAAAGAUCUUACUAUACUCCGGCAAGGAUUAAAACUCCUUAUGCAAAGUGAUUCCUGUGUAGAGGUUAUCAUGCAAGAAACAGGAGAGCUCGUACUGCUUACAGCUGGAGACGUACAUUUGGAAAAAUGUCUAGAAGAUUUGAAAAAUAUUUUUACUGGUAUUGAAGUACAUGUUUCAAGUCCGAUGGUGUCCCUAAGAGAAACUAUUCUACAAACUUCCGAUGAUUUCAAGAAGGAUGUCUCUAAAUAUGAAUCUAUGCACUCAACACACUUUGUAUUAUCUGUAAUAGCUGUAUCUUUACCAGAAAAUAUACGAAAAAUUAUUCAAAAUAACCAUGAGCUAUUAAAGACUGUUGAAGACCACCGCCACAGGAGUUUUAUUGACAUUGCUAAACAAUGUUUUGGGAAAAAAACUGAGUCAACAGAAGCUUGUGAAAAAACAUUCAAAAGCGAGAUAACAAGAAGGAAUUUGUCACAUGUAAAAGAAGAGUUGAAAACAGCGUUUACUUCCGGUCAUCAAUGCUGGUUUGGUUUACACGAGAACAUUUGGAGUGUGGGUGGAACAAGUAACUGUCUAAAUGUCCUGAUUAAUGAUACUUCAAAUUAUAAACGUAAUAUAUUUACUGAACUAAAUGGUACUGAUAAAAGAGCUUUAUUUGACCAUUGCAUACUGAAAGCUUUCAACAGUAUAUGUAAAGCAGGUCCUAUAUGUGAGGAAUCAUUGUCAAACUGUGCCUUUAUAGUAAGUGAAUUUGAAAUGGUGAAUGAAGUAUAUUCAGAAGAUAUUUCACCCCAGUCAACUUCUGUUGUUGAGUCCAGUGUUCGUGAAACUUUCAAAAAAGCAUUUGAAAAGCAGGAGCAACGUUUAAUGGAACCGAUGUAUAUUACAGAAAUUCAAGUCAAUAUAAAUAUUUUAGGCAGAGUAUAUUCAGUGGUGAACAGAAGACAUGGCAAAAUACUGGAAAAUGUGGGUAUGGACGAACAAGAAAAAGUAUUUCUUGUGAAAGCUCAAAUUCCAGUUAUUGAAAGCGAGGGGUUUGCUAACGAAAUGAGGAAAACUACUUCCGGUCAGGCUAAUCCAACUCUGAGAUUCAGCCAUUAUGAAAUACUAAAUGGUGAUCCUUUUUACGAACCCAUUGAAGAAGACGAGGAAGAUGAAACUAUCAAUGUUGAAAAUUCUUUAAGGGCGAAUAAGUUGAGGAAAGAUGUUAGACGAAGAAAAGGUCUUCAGGUUGAGGAUGAAGUAGUCAUACAUGCUGAGAAACAAAGAACUCUUAAUAAAAAAAAGUAAACAAA